AUGGCAACUUGUGACUCCCCCCCUAUGGUCUCUUCACGGCAGCAGGAACAUGGUGGCCAGAGGCACAUUGCCGCUGAGGACAACUCCGUUGUGGCCAUGGAGACCGGUGUCGCCAACAGCAACAAUGCCAAUAACAACCAAACAGCACCUGUAGCCAGAGAGAUGGAGAAUGGCCUUGGAGAGGCCACUGUUAGCCCACUGCGGUCGACAGCUACCCUCACCUCUGUCAGUGCAACCAUCGACUCUGUUACAGAGCAGAGUCGGAGAGAAAGCUUUACAACCGGUAACAAAGGGAGUGUUACUGGGACUUUACCAGGAGUUGGAGGUGGAGCAGCUUUGGGUUCAGACUGUUCUGCCCCUGCCACGUCACCUGUGGCACCGGCAAAGGAGAUCCCUUGCAACGAAUGUUCCGGCUCCUUCUCCAGUUUACAAAAAUAUAUGGAGCACCACUGCCCCAACGCCCGACUGCCUACCACCGGAUGUCAUGAAGACAUUGAUGAUAUCGACGGUAUGGUAGGAGAGGAGAGCGAAGAUGAUGGGGAGUGUGUGGGAGGUGCGGCUGACGGAGGGGAAAUAAAUCGCGAGAUGGAAGAGGAGAGCGAUGUAGAGAACUUGUGCGGCGAGAUCAUCUACCAGCCGGAUGGCUCUGCCUUCAUCAUGGAGGACUCCAAAGAGCAGCGUGGCAACAAGGAAGGGCUCCCUGGGGCUCUCCAUUUCAGGGGACUGCUAUCCUCCCAGACCUUCCCCAACGCCCAGUCGACCACUGGCCAAAGUGGUGGGGGCCAAGGGGGGGAACGGUUGGAGCAGCCUGCUGCACCCAUGUCCUUCUAUCCCCAGAUCAUUAACUCCUUCCACAUCGCAUCAUCUUUGGGAAGUAAAUCGUCAGCGGCCGACCCCCUCUCUAUAUCCAAUACCUCAAAUGGAGGGCGGGCUGGAGCUAGUCCUGUGUUGCACAGUUUUCGUGUUUAUGACCUCCGCCACAAGAAUGACAAAGACUAUCUGACGGGGGACGGUACAGCCAAAAACUCCUGUGUGUCCAAAGAUGUCCCCAACAAUGUGGACUUAUCCAAAUUUGAGGGCUGCGUGGCCGAUGGGCGGCGAAAGCCAGUGCUCAUGUGUUUCUUGUGCAAGCUCUCAUUUGGCUAUAGCCGGUCCUUCGUGACACAUGCUGUCCAUGACCACCGUAUGACCCUGAAUGAGCAGGAGCAAAAGCUGCUGAGCAACAAGCGUGUUUCUGCUAUCAUACAGGGCAUCGGCAAGGACAAAGAACCUCUUAUAAGCUUUCUGGAACCAAAAAAAACCCCUGUAUCUGUGCUAUCCCACUUUCCUACACCUGCCAACUUCCUAGGGCCGGACACUGGGCUCCGCGGCUUGUGGAACGCUUUCCACAGUAGUGGGGAGAAUGUCGAGUCCCUUCAGGCAGGUUUUGCUUUUUUGAAGGGCAGUGCCAGCAGCUCCUCCAAUGACCAAAAUCCUAGAUCCCAAACCAUGCCAAAGGCCGAGACCAACCCAAACCUCGGAGGUCCCCAUAGAACCUCCAGUGGAAGCUCCGCUGCUGCUCCCACUGGUGGCAACCAAGAUAGUCGGAACUCUGACCUUGAUAGUAAGGGCCACAUGGGGGACACGUGCACUUUGCAACCCAAUGGGCCGGACCUGAGCCACUACCCCCCUAUAAAGCGGGAGCCCGGUGUCGUGGGAGAACAAAGUCCGGAGACGUUUGAGGACAGUUACUCCAAUGGUGGCGGAGAGGAAAUUGAGGCAGAGGAUGAAGAGGAGCAGGCAAUGAACGUAGUUAUGAAAGGCCAGCGGGCCAACAGCACCAGUAGCAAAGAUUUCCCUCUCUUAAACCAAAGUAUUUCCCCUCUUUCCAACAGUGUGCUAAUGUUUAACAGUGACAGCAAAGUUCCUGCAUCCACCGCCUCUUCCUCCCUGCCUAUGUGUGAAAAGCUGGAAAUGGAAAAGAACCGCUUGUCCAUCGCACUGGCUGCUGCCAGAGAGCGCGAGAGCAGUAAUGACUCGAACUUUGAAGCUCUGAUGGGACGGGAUGGGUCGUCACCAUCCUCCCAUCCCCUUGAAUUUUUAUCGAUGCGGAGGGAGGACGACAGUCCUGGAACUCCUCAUCCAAAUACUGGAAAUCCCAGUACCCCUGGUACUCCAGGAACACCUGGUACCCCAGGUCCAGGUGAAGGUUCGCCAGGAAGUGGUGUGGAGUGCCCGAAGUGCGACACAGUCUUGGGAUCUUCUCGUUCUCUUGGGGGACACAUGACUAUGAUGCAUUCGCGGAACUCCUGCAAGACGCUGAAGUGUCCUAAGUGUAACUGGCACUACAAGUACCAGCAGACACUGGACGCUCAUAUGAAGGAGAAACAUCCAGAGUCUGGAGGAUCGUGUGUUUACUGCCGUACAGGACAGCCUCACCCUCGUUUAGCCAGAGGGGAAAGCUAUACCUGUGGAUACAAGCCGUUCCGCUGUGAGGUAUGCAACUAUUCAACUACCACCAAAGGCAACCUUAGCAUCCAUAUGCAGUCAGACAAGCAUCUGAACAAUGUCCAAACACUCCAGAACGGUGGAAGUGAGGCACAGUACAACCACAACCACAGCCAUACCAACCCAGUAGCUAGUACAGGCCUUGGUGGUGGCUGUGGGGCACCCUCGCCAUCAAAGCCCAAACAGAAGCCGACGUGGCGAUGUGAGGUGUGCGACUAUGAGACCAAUGUGGCCCGAAACCUGCGAAUUCAUAUGACUAGCGAGAAACACAUGCACAACAUGAUGCUGCUGCAGCAGAACAUGAAGCAAAUCCAGCACAGUCUUCAUCUAGGGCUGGCACCUGCUGAGGCGGAGCUUUACCAGUAUUAUCUGGCUCAAAAUAUUGGCUUGGCAGGUGUCAAACUGGAGAACCCCAUCAGCGGCGGCCCAGACACCCAGAUGAUGAUCAACCCCUUUCAGCUCGAUGCUGCAACAGCAAGUGCUCUUGGAUCCGGUCUCGUCAACAGUGACCUAUCAUCGGAAUUGCGUCUCGCCGGCGGUCAGCUGAUGGCCGACGACCUCUCGCUGGUGUCCUCAGGUGGAAUGGGGGGCAUGUCCUCAGUGGACCCUUCCCUCUCCUCCCUGUCGCCGCCUAUUAGUGACCCCUCGCUGCGCCUCUACCAGUGUGCCGUGUGCAACUGCUACUCUACAGACAGCCUGGAGGCUCUUAAUGCCCACGUUAACACGGAGCGCUCGCUGCCCGAGGAGGAGUGGCGCUGCGUGGUCGGCGACGUCUACCAGUGCAAGCUGUGCAGCUACAACACGCAGCUCAAGGCCAACUUUCAGCUGCACUGCAAGACGGACAAGCACAUGCAGAAGCACCAGCUGGUGGCCCACAUCAAGGAGGGAGGCAAGGCCAACCAGUGGAGAUUAAAGUGUGUGGCCAUUGGCAACCCCGUGCACCUCAAGUGCAAUGCUUGUGACUACUACAGCAACAGCGUGGAUAAAUUGAGGCUACACACCACCAACCAGAGGCAUGAGGCUGCCAUACGACUUUACAAGCACUUACACAAGCUGGACAGCGCCUACAGCCCUGAGUCUUACGUCUAUCAUUGUACGCUGUGCGACUACUCCACCAAGGCUCGACUCAACCUGGUACAGCAUGCCCGCUCUGCCCGGCAUUUGCAGAACGAAGGCCUGAGGAAGCUGCAACUGCACCAGCAAGGCCUGAGAGGGGACGAGGACGGAUUCAGCCUCCACGAGCUGUUCCACGUGAAGGAGUGUCCUUCCAGCCAAGAGGAGACCACGGAGGAUGGCGAGAGACCUCCUGCCUCUUCUUCCAGGCCCGCAUCCAAUCUCAGUGACCGAGACUUGACUGACAGUAGAAGAGCUGACCGAGCGAACGCAACGUCUAAAGAAUCGGCUGGACAGAACACAGCGGUGAAACAUUCACUCCAGCCCGAUCAACAAAUAGAAAGCCCUCCUAAAAGGCCCAAAUCUGCUGAGGUGAAGAACUCCGUCGCUGAUCAGGUUCAGCAAUGUCCAUAUUGCAACUUCAGCAGUAAAGACGCCAACCGUAUGCAGCUCCAUGUGAUGUCCCAGCAUUCCAUGCAGCCAGUAAUCCGCUGCCCACUAUGUCAGGAUGUCCUCAGCAACAAGAUUCACCUACAGCUGCAUCUCACCCACCUUCACAGUGUGGCACCUGACUGCGUAGAAAAGCUCAUUAUGACGGUUGUUGGACCUGAUACAACAGUGUCAAAUAGCACUCUUCAUCCCCAAUCUGGACAAGAAAAAGGACUGCCUUCAAUAGAAUCACCAGCCUCGAUUGAUGAAUCUAAAAGAUCACAAGGAAACUCUUCUAAAGAAGAAUUGACAAGUCAAGACAAGAAUGAAUUAGACCUCCAAGGUGAAGAAAUGAAACCCCCCAAGGAGGCGUCAGAAGCUCCAGACUGGAGGAGAGCAAGCGGGUUAGGGCAUGACAGCAAGUCCCCAGAUGUCCUUCAGGAUCAUCUCAGUGAACUCCAAAGGCUCCAACAGCAGCAGCAGCAACUCUCAGUGUCUGAUCGCCACGUCUACAAAUACCGUUGCAAUCACUGCAGCCUUGCCUUCAAGACAAUGCAGAAGCUGCAGAUACAUUCCCAGUACCAUGCCAUCAGAGCAGCCACUAUGUGCAGCCUUUGCCAACGGAGCUUCAGGACAUUCCUGGCCCUCAGAAAGCAUUUGGAAAAUGGACAUCCUGAACUUACUGAGGCUGAAGUACAGCAAUUAAUUGGAAAUCUCCCUCUAAAUGGUGACAUCACUGAAAGUGAAGUCAGGGCUUUGGAGGAAGCUCAGGCAUUUGAGCAUGACUUGGACAAGGAUGAUGAAAUGGAUCAUGAAGAUAAGCCCAGUCCUACUGGGAGUGACAGCAGCUCUCUAAUCGAUGACAUGGGAGCAGAACCAAAACGAACCCUACCGUUUAGAAAAGGGCCAAAUUUUACGAUGGAGAAGUUUUUAGAUCCUUCUCGACCUUACAAGUGCACAGUAUGUAAGGAGUCUUUUACUCAGAAGAAUAUUUUACUAGUCCACUAUAAUUCUGUUUCCCACCUGCACAAGUUAAAGAAAGUCCUUCAAGAGGCAUCAAGCCCAAUUCCCCAAGAAACAGGCAACAACAUUGACAACAAACCAUACAAAUGUAAUAUUUGCAAUGUUGCCUAUAGCCAAAGUUCAACCCUUGAGAUUCACAUGAGGUCAGUACUACACCAGACUAAAGCUCGAACGGCCAAAUCUGAAAUGAGCAAAGACAGUAUUGGCACUAGUGGUCCAGUGCCAGCAAAAAGUCCUGCUCCAAGCACACAAGGAAACAGCAGCAACACAGACCCUGCUCGAAGUGGAACACCAUCAGCGAGUAAAGAAAACACUGUUGAACCCAAAGACGCUACUAGCAACAACAACACAAAACAAACUACUGAAAAUGUUUCAGCGCAGUCAAGCAGCCACCAGUCAGCCCAGUCCUCUGCGCAACUGCAAAUGCAGCUCCAACAUGAACUCCAGCAGCAAGCUGCCUUCUUCCAGCCUCAGUUUCUUAACCCGGCUUUCUUCCCUCAUUUCCCAAUGACCCCGGAAGCGUUGCUGCAAUUUCAACAGCCGCAAUUCUUAUUCCCCUUCUACAUCCCGGGAGCAGAAUUCAACCUGAGCCCAGAGCUUGCUCUGCAUUCGGCAGCAGCUUUUGGAAUGCCAGGUCUCACAGGAUCCUUCUUGGAAGAUUUAAAGCAGCAGAUGCAACAGCAGCACCAACUGCAACAGGCUCAACAACAACAACAACAGCAGCAGCAGCAACAACAGCAAGUCUCUCAAACACAGUCACAGAUUCAGCAGCAGAAGAACCAGCAAAUGUUAAACCAAAAACCUAAAAUGGAGCCAAGCAAUGCAUCAGUUUCAGAUAAUCAAAUGUCAAAAGAGGCUGAAGACCACAUUGAAAAACAAGACGGCAAAGCAAAGUUGGAAAAUGGAUGUGAAGCUGUUAUGGAUGGGCCAAAAGAUAACAAAGACACUAAAAAGUCCAAAUUCUCUGAGCCGCUGAUUCCGCCUCCUCGUAUUGUGUCAGGAGCUAGGGGUAAUGCAGCCAAAGCAUUGUUGGAGAAUUUUGGAUUUGAACUCGUCAUCCAAUACAAUGAAAAUAGACAAAAGAACCAAAAGAAAACUAAAGAUGGAGGUGAACAAAUGCAUAUAACCCCUGAUAAGCUUGAGUGCGGAAUGUGCGGAAAGCUGUUCUCCAAUAUGCUCAUACUCAAAAGCCACCAAGAACAUGUACACAGUCAGUUUUUCCCAUAUGUUGAGCUUGAAAAGUUUGCCCAACAGUACAGAGAGGCCUACGACAAACUCUACCCAAUUAAUCCAGCUUCACCGGAGACGCCACCACCACCGCCGCCUCCUCCUCCACCUCCUCCGCCUCCUCCUGCUACUGCUCUGGUGACAACACCUCAACCAACUUCAACAUCACUGCCCAAGCCCCUAACACCGGCACCGUCUCCAGUCCCAGUCCCCCAUCAGACCUCACACCAGACAACUCACCAGGCACCGACACUACAGCCACCGCAUCCUCCCCCAACACCGACUGCUUCCUCCGCACCUCCCCAAGUGCAGCUUCCCGUUCCACUGGACUUGCCGCUUUUCCCACCUCUUAUGAUGCAGUCCGUCCAGCACCCGGGAUUGCCCCCUCAAUUGGCCCUCCAGCUGCCGACUAUGGAUUCUCUCUCCACAGACCUUACACAACUCUGCCAGCAACAACUGGGGCUCGAUCCAAACUUCCUUCGACAGUCCCAGUUUAAGCGACCUCGAACUCGUAUAACUGACGACCAGCUUAAAAUCCUCCGUGCCAACUUUGACAUCAACAAUUCUCCUAAUGAAGAGCAAAUUCAAGAGAUGUCAGAAAAGUCGGGUUUGCCUCAAAAGGUCAUUAAACACUGGUUCCGUAACACUCUUUUCAAAGAGAGGCAGCGGAGCAAAGACUCCCCCUACAAUUUUAAUAUUCCUCCCAUUACUACUUUGGAUGACAUUCGAAUAGAGACCCAGUUAAGCACACAUGAAUAUUACCGGACUGACUCAGCCAUCAACAAAAGAUCUUCCAGAACCAGAUUCACAGAUUACCAAUUGAGGGUUCUUCAAGAUUUCUUUGAUACCAAUGCCUAUCCCAAGGACGAUGAAAUUGAGCAGCUUUCCACAGUCCUUAAUCUACCUACUCGUGUGAUUGUGGUGUGGUUCCAAAACGCUCGCCAGAAAGCCCGCAAGAGCUAUGAAAAUCAAGCCGAUUCUAAAGACAGUGAGAAAAAAGAGCUGACAAAUGAACGAUACAUCAGAACUAGCAAUAUGCAGUACCAGUGUAAAAAGUGCAGCAUUGUUUUCCCACGUAUCUUUGACCUCAUCACUCACCAGAAGAAGUUGUGUUACAAGGAUGAAGAUGAGGAAGGUAGUGAGGAAAACCAAUGCGAAGAAUACACAGAUGAGCAACUUCCGAUUAAAGUUGUCCAGCAAUCUUUAGAGCCACCCCAAAAUUCCCAGGGAAAUGCUACCAGCUCUGGCUCAAGCUCCCCUGUAAUGGCCUCGCCUCGUGCCAGCAUAGAAAAAGCCUCUCCUAAGCCAGACUUUGAACUUCGUUCUGAAAGCGAACCAAAACAAAAUGAGACUGCACCUUCACCAGUGGUUAAAUCUCUACCGGAGCCAAGACCAUCUAAAGCUUGCACACCUCAACCACCCCCUCAAAAAGCAGCCCAGCCACCAAUGUCAAGACCCCAUUCCCAGCCACAGGCAGCCACAGUGCCCUCUAGUCCUCUUUCCUUGGCACUUUCCUCCCUCACAAACAGCCUGCCCCACCAAAUGCUUCAAUACCAGUGUGACCAGUGUAAGAUUGCAUUCCCUACAGUGGAGCUUUGGCAGGAACAUCAACACAUGCAUUUCCUAGCAGCUCAGAACCAAUUUCUACACUCGCAGUUCCUUGAGCGACCCAUUGAUAUGCCUUAUAUGAUAUUUGACCCAAACAACCCCUUAAUGGCUAGCCAGCUAUUAUCUGGAAGCCUCUCCCAAAUCUCUUCCCAAGGUAGUUCCGGUUUGACCUCUGCUGCUGGAUCAGGGCCAAUGAAGAGAAAAUUGGAUGAUAAGGAUGAAAGUGGCAAUGAUAAAGAUGGUGGGAACAGCAGUGAGGAACAACACAGAGAUAAGCGCCUGAGAACCACCAUAACACCUGAACAACUUGAGGUCCUUUAUGAUAAAUACCUGAUUGAUUCCAAUCCGACAAGAAAAAUGUUGGAUCACAUUGCAAGAGAGGUCGGCUUAAAAAAGAGAGUGGUACAAGUUUGGUUCCAAAACACUCGUGCUCGGGAGAGAAAGGGACAGUUCCGAGCAAUUGGACCCUCCCAGUCCCACAAAAAAUGCCCCUUUUGCAGGGCUCUGUUCAAAGCUAAGUCGGCUCUAGACAGUCACAUACGAUCGAGACACUGGCAUGAGGCAAAGCAGGCAGGAUUUAGUUUGCCACCGAGCCCAAUGAUGAAUCAAGACAACGACAGAGAUGAUAGCCCAAAGUAUAAUUUCUUUGACUUUUCACAGCUGCCUACCAAGACUGAGCCAAAUGACUACGAGUUGCCUACCGCAUCAUCCACUCCAGUAAAACCAUCUGAAAUGCAACUAAAAAACUUCUUAAGCCCUUCAUCAUUAAAAGCUGAAAACUGUGAUGAAACUGAUGGGCCUAAUGUUAACUCAGCAGAUCUAUCAUCUUAUGAUCUUAGCAAGGUAGACUUUGAUGAGACAUCAUCAAUUAAUACAGCCAUUAGUGAUGCUACAACUGGAGACGAGGGCAAUAACAAUGAGGUUGAAAGCUUCACGGCUAACGGAGGAGACAAGCUGACUGAAAACAAAGGUGGCAUGGUUUCAAAUUCCGAUGGUGCCAAUGACCGAUUCCAGUUCAGCAUGGUGAGCCCUGCCCUCAGUUUCUCUGGAAAAGACUGUGACAAUUACUAUAGCUCCCGUGAAGACGACCUGGAUGAGACCAAUGACAGAAGUGAAUCGUCAAGCCUCGCCGAUCCCAGUUCUCCAAGUCCAUUCGGGUCUGGCAACCCCUUCAAGUCUGGUAAAGGCACCAAUGCAGGGGAUAGACCAGGUCACAAACGAUUUAGAACACAGAUGAGUAACCUGCAACUCAAAGUCCUCAAAGCCUGUUUCAGUGAUUACCGCACUCCUACAAUGCAAGAGUGCGAGAUGCUGGGCAAUGAGAUUGGACUUCCCAAGCGUGUCGUCCAAGUAUGGUUCCAGAAUGCCAGAGCUAAAGAAAAGAAAUUCAAGAUAAAUAUUGGAAAGCCAUUCAUGAUAAGUCAAGGCUCGCCAGAUGGACCGAGACCAGAGUGUACUUUGUGCGGCAUAAAGUACACUCCACGGAUGUCUAUCCGAGACCACAUUUUCUCCAAACAGCACAUCACCAAAGUGCAAGAAACCCUGGGAAACCAGGUUGAUAGGGAAAAGGACUACCUAGCACCAACCACUGUCCGACAGCUGAUGGCCCAGCAAGAACUUGAUCGCAUGAAGAAAGCUGGUGAGGGACUCGGUCUGCCUGGCCAGCAGCAACAGACAGCAAUGGACAACAGUAAUGCACUUCAUGGCCUUAGCCUGCCCUCAGGCUACCCAGGGAUCUCUGGCCUUCCGCCAGUUCUACUUCCUGGAGUCAACGGGCCGUCAUCACUUCCUGUUUUCCCACCCAACACACCCGCUUUAGCAUCUCCUGGUGCUGGCAUGCUCGGGUUCCCUACACCAGCCACCCCAUCUCCUGCCAUGUCUCUCAGCACUACCCCAACCAAGAGUAUUCUGCAGACUCCUCCUCCUCCUCCUCCACCACCUCCUCCUCCUCCUGUUCCCUCCACACCUUUGGCAGCAGUAAAUAAUACAGAGCAGCAAGGUAAAGACUCAGAGAGAGACAACAGCAAAGCAACGGGAGACAAACCGCCACAGAUGAAGACGAAGGGCAGCGAGAAAGAUAGCGCUUCACAGUCUGAGAACACCGGUAUGGCCAAGAAGAGGGAGAAACUCGCAGGGAAACCAGGAAGUGAGCCUCCGCUAGACACGGCGAAACUGCAGGCCCUUCAGAACGCUCUGGCCGCAGGUGAUCCCAGCUCUUUCUUAGGAGGCCAGUUCCUGCCCUACUUCCUUCCUGGAUUCCCUAACUGCUUCUCACCCCAGCUUCACAGAGGUGUCCAAGCAGGGGGCUAUUUCCCACCGCUUUGCGGGAUGGAGAACCUGUUCCCAUACGGCCCGGCAGCAGUCCCACAAGCCGCUAUGGCCGCUGGUCUCUCCCCAACCGCUCUUCUGCAGCAGUAUCAACAGUACCAACAGUCCCUCCAAGAUUCUCUGCAGAAACAACAACAGCAGAAACAACUGGAGCAACAGCAGAAGCAGCAGCAGCAGAAACCAACCCCUGUCAAGACACCCCAGAGCACGAAGGGCAAUGCAACCAACUCUUUCAAACCAAAAGAAGCUAAUCACCCUAAGGACGAUAUCAACACAGGCUCUUCAACCGAAAGCACAAAAGAAGAACCGAAAACAGAAACCAAAAGUACGAAAGAUUUUCCAGACGCUUUUAUCGUACCGUCCGUCAAGCAUGAGUUUAUAUGCAGGAAGUGCCAGUUGAUUUUCCCGGACGAAGACUCCGUGGUACGUCAUCAGAAAUCCCUCUGUUACUUCGGACACACUUUUAGCGACCCGCAAGAGAUGGUGCUUCGAAAGGCAGUGAGCAACUACACGUGCGUCGCCUGCAACGUGGUCGUCAAUGGGAACGAAGCACUUGGCCAACACCUUCAGUCGAGCUUGCACAAAGAGAAAACAAUCAAACAAGCAAUGAGAAAUGCCAAAGAGCAUACUAGAUUAUUACCUCAUUCUGUCUGCUCCCCUACUCCUAACACCACAUCUACCUCGCAGUCUGCAGCUUCUUCUAACAACACCUUUCCUCAUCUGUCUCACUUGUCCAUGAAGUCCUGGCCUAACGUCCUGUUCCAGGCCACCACCACCACAGUCCAGAAAGCUGCUUCCUCCUCCUCCCCUUCAACCUCUCCUCCCCCUCCCCUGUCCUCGCCGUCAACGGUUACCUCAACUUCCUGCAGCACCUCAGGGGUUCCAACUUCACUACCCACCGAGAGUUGUUCAGACGAGUCUGACAAUGAGCUAAGCCAAAAGCUGGACGACUUAGAUAACGCGUUGGAAGUCAAGGCGAAGCCAGCCUCUGGCCUAGACGCGAGCUUCAGUAGUAUCAGAAUGGAUAUGUUCAGUGUGUAG